UGAACCCGGAAACCCGUGCAGCUCUUCUUGUGUUUGCCAAGUCGGCCAGGCAGGCAACGAUUCUUCAUAGAGCUUACUGUAGUUCUCGCAGUUCUCGCUCCCAAGUAUGGAUUUGCAUUUUCUGAUCCUGGUGUUUCUCUUUGGUUUCAGUCUUGCCAAUGAAACUAACACACUUAGAUUUGUCACUGUGCUCUAUCGCCAUGGUGACAGAUCUCCAAUCAAGGCCUAUCCGACUGACCCCUACCAGGAAAGCGCCUGGCCCCAGGGUUUUGGACAACUCUCUCAGGAGGGAAUGAGGCAGCACUUUGAACUGGGACAGUUUUUAAGGAAACGCUACACAGGAUUCCUGAGUGAAGACUACGAACGACAUGAGAUCUAUAUACGAAGUACAGAUAUUGACCGGACUCUAAUGAGUGCAGAAGUAAACCUGGCUGGUCUGUUCCCACCUAACGGUUCUCAGAUAUUUAAUCCAGAUCUAAAGUGGCAGCCAAUACCCAUUCACACUGUUCCAGAGGAUGAAGAGAGGCUGCUCGCGUUUCCAGUAGAAAACUGUCCUCGCUACCAAGAGCUCAUGAAUGAGACUAUUAAGUCAGACAGCUUUGUUAACAUGACCAACACCUACAAGGACUUUAUAGAGAUGGUGAGAAAUAAAACCGGUUUGAAUUCAGUCUCAGUUGAGACCGUUUGGAGUGUUCAUGACACAUUGUUUUGUGAGGCAAAGCAUGGGAUGAAACCGCCUUCCUGGGUUACUCCAGAUGUGAUGGCGACACUAGAGGUGUUAAAGAACUUUGGUUUUCAAAUCCUGUUUGGAGUCCAUAAAAGAAAGGAGAAAUCCAGGCUUCAAGGAGGCCUGCUGUUAGAUCAGAUCAUUAAGAAUAUCUCAGCUGCAGCAGAUCCCGGCUCAAAACAGGAAGUGAAGAUGAUAGUAUACUCAGCACAUGACUCGACAGUUGUAGCCCUACAGGAAGCUCUAGAUGUCUUCAGUGGAUUCCAGCCACCUUAUGCCUCCUGCCAUAUAAUUGAACUUCACCAGGAGAAGAAUGGGUCAUUUUCAAUAGAGAUGUUUUAUCGCAAUGACAGCUCUGUGUCUGAGCCAUACGCCGUGUCUUUACCGGGUUGUUCUCAGCGCUGCCCCCUUCAGGACUUCUUGAACCUCACGCGUGAUGUUAUUCCUCAAGAUUGGAAUCGAGAGUGUCAGAUAGGCAAAGACACUACAGACACUGAGGUCAUCAUUGGACUGGCAAUAUGUGGCUGUCUGCUCUUCCUCUUGGUUUUACUGCUGUUAGUACUGCUGUGCAGGCAAAAAGAGCCAACGGCUGGCUACAGUCAUGUCAUAAAUGAAAGUGACUCCUGACAAUCAUACCGGCUCCUCCGCAAAGAAGAAUUCUGGGACAGUGAAGAGGACCUGUGAGGACACAGCACCAACAUAUCAAAGAAACUUAAAGUCAAUGCAGACAGUCUUCACUCCCUCAGCCCAAACCAACUUUAUUUAUUUUAAGGGAGACAUUGAUAAUGCUUUAAGUACAUUCUUACAACUGCAAAACAGAGAAAAGGUAACCAAUUGUUGCAGUAGUGUCCAUGGUAGUAACACCUCUCUUUAUUGGGCGAGAAGUUUACAAAAGUAUAAAGGAGGAGCUUCAACUUGACUGCAAAGCUCAGAUGAACUUCUGUCCUCUCUGAAGCUCAAGGACUAUUGGCAUGCCCUUUUUGUGGGCGUGGCUUAUUAGUUCUACUGUUGUUAAGAGCGGUGUACAGUACUUUCUUUUAAAGAUUCAGAUGGUGCAAUUAAAUGUUUUCGCGGUAGGUUAUGGAUAUCAUUUGAAGGGAUUUCACAAAGUUGGACUACUAGACACACAUCAAGGCCUUGCAUUGUGAUAAUGUAAUGGACUAUGCUCAUGCUUUUUAUGAGAUGAUUUCUUGUUAAUUCACAAAAACAGUGACAGAAUAGUUUGAUAUUUGUAAAUUUGAAAAUAACAGCGUUUCUUUCCUUCUCUGUUUCAAAUUCUGUAACACUGUUGCUGAAUGUUCCUGAUAUCAUGUUGUUCCAUUCAACAUCAUGACCACUCGACUUAAAUAAAAAAUUAAACUCAAUUUUGAAAAAUAUUGACACCAUAAAAUAAUAAUUAUCAGAGUUAAUUAAACAUUGUAUUGUUUGAUAAAAAUGGCAAAUAAAGUAGUAUGAGGGGAAUAUUUUCACUCAUCAUUCAUUACAAUCAUUCCAGUCUUAAUGGCCAAACGUAUCUGUUAUUUUGAAUAAAUGUUAUUGUUUGCAUUUUAA